UGUGACUCAACUGGUAUUUGUGAUUGUAAGGAAAAGUACGAUGGUCGAGCUUGUGAUCUUUGUAAACCGGGUUACUUUGAUUUCCCUACUUGUCGUGUUUGUGCUUGUCAUGCUGAAGGAACAACAUCCGAUAUUUGUGACCGUAAAUCAGGAACUUGUUAUUGUAAGGAAAACACUCUCCGUCCAAAUUGUGAUGUUUGUAGGAGAGGAACUUAUAACCUGGAAAAAAAUAACCCACAAGGUUGUACCAAAUGUUUCUGUUUCGGAACUACCGAAAACUGUCGAAGCUCUGAGAUGAGGAUUGCUCCAGUCAAAGUAGACAACUAUUCAAAUUGGACUGCUGUUGGAAUAUCAUUUAGUGAAUCUGGAAUGCGUUUCAGUUCCAUUGACACUGAAUCAAGCUCAACUGAAGCAGAAUUCAAAAUGAAACCAGUCGCUUUUACCCGUGGAGAUCAGAGCGAUGUUCAACCAAGUUCUGACGCUAGAAGUAACAUUUACUUUAAAUUGCCAAAAGAAUUCCUCGGAAAUCGAAUAACUUCAUACGGCGGUUUCAUUCAAUAUGUGGUAAAUGAACUGCCUUCAGGGUCCUCUUCAGUCGAUACUCCAAUCACACCUGAUAUUAUUUUAACUGGACGCAAUGAUUCAAUUUCACUGACUCGUGAUGAACAACCUGAAUCUGCUGGUAACUCGCAAAAGAUUGAGAUCGAACUUUUAGAGACCAAAUUUGUCCAUUUACUUGAUUCGACGCCAGUUAGUCGAGCACAGUUCAUGACUUUACGUCGAUUACAGUCUGUUUACAUUCGAGCUUCUUAUUUCUCUCCAGUCGAGUUUGUUUCAAUCACCAAUUUCACCUUUGAUUCAGUUUCUAAUGAAGCAAGUCCUGAUGCACCAUUAGCUCUUCGUGUUGAACAGUGCAUUUGUCCACCAAAUUAUCGAGGAAGCUCAUGUGAGGAGUGUGCUAGUGGUUAUUAUCGAGUUCCAACUGGACCAUAUCUUGGUUCAUGUAUUCCUUGCGAAUGUAAUGGCCAUUCAAAUGAAUGUGACCCAUUGACAGGAAAAUGUUUCAAUUGUCAACAUGAAACAACCGGUGAUCACUGUGAGUUGUGUAAAUCAGGUUAUUACGGAAAUGCAACAAUUGGAAAGCCCGACGAUUGUUUAAUGUGUCCUUGUCCAUUACCAAACAAUUUCGCUGAUUCCUGUGAAAUCCGAACCAAUGCUCGACUUCAAGCAGAAUGGAAUUGUAACUGUAAACCUGGUUAUAGUGGGCAAUUAUGUGAGUUCUGUGCGGCUGGUCACUUUGGUUAUCCAAUGCUUGCUGGCAACUACUGUCAACCAUGCAACUGUAAUGGUAACACCGAUCCAACAGAUCCUGGUUCAUGUGACUUGUAUUCAGGCGAAUGUACCAAAUGUCUCAACUAUACUGCCGGUAAAUCUUGUGAGUAUUGUGCUGAUGGCUAUUAUGGAGAUGCUAUUGAACUUAAAGAUUGCCGACCUUGCGAGUGUGACGAAACUGGUACAGCAGUUUGUGAUAGAUAUUCUGGAAAAUGUGAAUGCCAUCCUAAUGUUGUUGGUGAUUCUUGUGACGAAUGCAAGCCGAACCAUUAUGGAUUCAACACUGGUAAGGGUUGUACUCUCUGUAAUUGUUCAAUUGCCUCUAAAGGUGAAGAUUGUGAUUUGGAUUCUGGAAACUGUCGAUGUCAACCUGGAGUUACUGGACGAACUUGCGAUGUUUGUGAAGUCGGUUACUGGAAAUAUAGCAAAUCAGGUUGUGAAUCUUGCGGUUGUGUUGAAAAAUAUUCAAGAGGAGUUGUCUGUAACCAACAAACGGGAAAAUGUGAAUGUUUACCUGGAGUUGUUGGUGAAAAGUGUGACAAAUGUCCUUGGCGUUGGGUAUUUGUCGAUCGUGAAGGUUGUCUCGAGUGUGGUGAAUGUCAACACGCUCUUCUUAACGACACCGAUGCAUUGGAAAAUGACAUUAUGCCAAUCGUCAAUGAAUUUAGCAACUCUUCAUCCGGUAUUCACGCAAAGAAAGCGUUCCUCACUUUGAAUAACACAGUCACUGAAUUUAACAAGCAGUUGGCACAAAUCAUCGAAGGAUCUAAAACAAUUGACCUGACUCCUCUUGAGACCGAAAUGACUAAAAUAACAAACGCAUCCGACAAUUUACCAGCAUGGCAAGAUCGUCUUUCUCGUUUAGCUGCUGGAGUUGUCAUCAAAGUGGACGAAACCAAAGAAAAUGCAACACUGAUUCGACGUUUAAUCAAAAAGGUCAAGUCAGAUGUACAGCUAUUGUUUGAACAAUUGGAUAACGUCGAUUACAAAUAUAACACUCAAGCUGAUGAAGAAAGUAUUAAGUUCAUGAUAACUAAAGCAGAAGAAAACAAAAACGCAGUCGAAAGGUUUGGUGCCUUUACAAAUGCUCUGAAAACAGUUGCUAAUGAAACAGAGUCAACGAUGGUUGUUUUGGACAGAGUUGAAGAUUACAUUGCUCCUUAUGUUAAUGAAAAGGCCACUUUGAAUGAAUCGGAAUCACGAUUGGAUCAACUUGAAACUAUUUUAACUGAUGCUAAUGAAAAGAUCGUUUCUGCAAUGACUAUUGCUUUGGAUGUACAACGAGGGUUGAAUCGAAGUCGGGAAGCUGUUAAAGAAGCUAUUGUUCCUCGAAGUAGCUCAUUGAAAAAUCUAGACUCGGCAAUAUCUGCAAACUUGAAAGAAGCCAAAACUAGAAUUGAUUCAUCUGAACCCAUCAUGAAAGAAGCUUCUGGUUCCUUUGAUUCUUUAGUAGAAAUUUCUAAUCGUAUUAAUGGGAAAAAAGAUUCUCUUGAAAAGCUCAACCCUGAAGAUGUUCAAGAAACAGAACUACUUGAGAUCGUGAAGAAAGCAGGUCAACAUGCAUCCAGUUUGAAUCGUACUGCCACCGAUCUUGAUUUCAUUUUCAUGGAGGCCAUUAGACAAGGUGAUCUCAACCGAACAAUGAGAGCUGCUACUGCUUAUGAAGUUAUUGAAAACUCGAUUGAAUCUGCCGAGAAAUCAAUGAACAAUGUUAUUAGUCGCACGGCCGAGAAACCAUGGGAAGGAAUACGAGAUAAAAUAUCUGCAACUCGAUCAGCUAGCACUGGAAAUCGAACCGAAGCAAGUGCUCUUAGAGCUAAUAUUCUAAAUAACGGAGCAACCAGAUUGAGCCAAUUCAAUGAGACAAUCCGUUCAAGAGGUAUUGAGAGUGGAUCACAAGGGGAACAAUUGAAGAAAAUCGAUGAAGAUUUAGCGUCAAUUGAAAUUUCAACUACACCCGAUUCGAGUCGCGAAGUGAUGGAAAUUGCUGAAGCAAGUAUCUUUCAGGCAAACAAGGUUUCCGAACGAGUUGAUAAACUGAUUGAUGAAAUAAAUUCCUUGUCAAAUGCAACUAAACAAUUAACAGAAGCUGAGAGGAAAGCUUUCAUUGAUAUCCAUGAAAGUACAUCAAUGACUUCAUUGUACGGAGAAAGAGGGAUUGGACAAAAGAUUCGUGAUGCAAUGGAAAGAGUUACUAAAAUGGUUAAUUCACUUAAUUCAUCAAAAAAUGAAUUAAAGAAAUUGAAAGAUUCGGUGGUUAAAGCUCGAGACAUGGCAAAUUCACGAUUCGGCCAGCCCGAUGAAAAGAACCGCAUAACUGAUUAUCUAAUUGCUAAACUAGUCGAUGGAGUAAUAAUAGUAACUGUUGAUAAUGGUGAAGGCGCUAAAGACUCUGAGAUUAAAAUGCGAGGCGAUUACGCGUCCAUCUGUAAUGGCGAUUGGCAUACAAUUAAAAUCACUAAACUACAAAAUGCUCAUUUCGUUACCGUCGAUGAUGAAAGUAAUGUUGCUGUUUUUACUCCGGGUGGUGUCAAUGUAGCCGAUACUUUGACUCCACUCUACUUGGGUGAUGUUCCAGACAAUUACCGACGUGUCGUCCCUGACCUGCCGCCACCUUAUAUUGGAUGUAUCAAGGAUAUUGAAAUUUCAAGACCGAUGAGCCAAGCAAACAGUCUUCGGACUGAUACAUUUGUAGAUUGUGAAAACUCAGGAGCUACGGUGGAACUUUGUCCGACAAUUUAA